GAGGUGCUCGCGUCGUCGACGCUGUCAUCUUGCGCGCUUGUUGUUGUGGCGAUCUGCGUCCGAGACGAGACGAACGAGGCCGAGCCGAAAGCGGAGCCGAAAGCGAAGCCGAGGCGGGCGAGGAGCGAGCGACGGGCCGUCAGGCGCGGAAGCAAACCGACAUGGACGAAAACAACAAGGUGCUGGCGGCGGGCAAAGCCAAGAAGCCCGGCAAGCGCGGCCGCAAGCCGGCCAAGAUCGACCUGAAGGCCAAACUGGAGCGAAGUCGCCAGAGCGCCAGGGAGUGCCGCGCCAGGAAGAAGCUGCGCUACCAGUACCUGGAGGAGCUGGUCUCCAGCAAGGAGCGGGCCAUCUGCGCGCUCAGGGAGGAGCUGGACAUGUACAAGCAGUGGUGCUCGGCCAUGGACCGGGGCAAGAUCCCCGCCGAGAUCCGAGCUCUGCUGACGGCCGACGACCAGCACCGAGGACCCGCCACGGCGGGGAGCGGCACCAAAACGCUCAAGAGCGCCAAGAUCCAAAGCAACGCCUGACGAGAGGACGACGGCCCCGAAAUCCGUCGCCGCGUCCUCCCGACUGUGCAAAGUUGCGCCCGAGCCCGUCCCCGGCUGACUUCGGGGUGCGGUGGGACCGGAGGCCCGCAAGCAGACACGCCCGCGUUUCCGCUCGCAAACUCCCCCCCGUGGAGCUGCCGCCUUUUUGGACAUUUGGAGACCUAAAAACGGUCGACUCCGCGUACAGUUAAGGGCAAUCAGAAAUCACGCUCGCGGUCCGAGUCAGACGAGCCACCCAAAUCUUUGCCCACGCAAGGCGGUUGGCCCGCCAACUCCCUCGAUCGGAACGUUGCGCAUACCUCGGGUCAAACGUUUGCCAGCUCGCCGUGCCGUUUGCCGCCCAAUGUCGCUCCCGCGCCGCCUCCCGUUUUCUUGCGAAUGUCGUCUCGUCGCUGGUUUGUCUUGCGCGGCGAGCCUUUCUUGUUCCUGGAAAUAAAAUUCUGAUCGCC